AUGGUGCGCAUAAAAAACAGAUACGUUGUUUUCAACGUGAUAUAUCCCAUUGAUGAGACCGCAGAGUCUCUAGAAGCCGCGCUCAAGACAAAGUCAGGUAGUCUCAGCCUCAUACACCAGCCACCGGCUAUUGCGAUCACACCAAAGGUGGUUGUUCAGGCCAUACGACAGUCGCUACAAACAAACUUUGGUGACUACGGAAAUGGUGUUGGAGGAGGGGUUCUUACUGUGAAGUAUUUUUCAGAAAAGUCCUCUCUCGGGAUCAUCAAAGUAUCGAGAGAAUCUACGCGAUUGGUGUGCGCUGCCAUCAUGCUGAUCACCCGACUCCAAGCUUCCCCAGUUACUAUAAGAGUUCUACGAGUGAGCGGAUCUGUGAAAAAAGCCGAAGAAAUGCUUAUCAAACGUGGCAAGGGGUUAUCAAUCAUUUUGAGUAAGAAUUCGGUUGGUCAAUCUCUGGAUAGUCUAUUUGACCAAGAUGUGCACAUAGAGAAGGACUCUGACGAAGAGCAGUGA